UUUGUAAACAAAAAUAGAAAAUAUUUAGCUCAUCACGAUAUGAAUUUUCAUUGAGUGAGUUGGUUUGAUAUAUCACAUCAAAUAAAAAAAAUUGAAAUCAAAAUAUAAACUUAUUAAUUUGAUAACGUGAGUGCCAAAGAAAAAUAAACAAUGCCGAAUUUAAAAUGUGACGAAGAUCGCGAAUCUUUGUACGGGCGUGUCUAUGCUGUGUCCGGACCAGUCGUAACAGCCGAAAAUAUGUCUGGUUCAGCUAUGUACGAACUUGUACGCGUUGGUUUUUACGAGCUUGUUGGCGAAAUUAUACGUUUGGAAGGCAAUAUGGCCACCAUUCAAGUGUAUGAGGAAACAUCUGGUGUAACAGUUGGUGAUCCAGUCUUACGUACAGGUAAACCCUUGUCUGUUGAACUAGGCCCUGGUAUAAUGAGUAGUAUUUUUGAUGGAAUACAACGACCAUUGAAGGACAUAAACGAGUUAAGCAAUUCGAUUUAUAUACCAAAAGGGGUGAAUGUGCCUGCGCUCUCACGUACCCACGAAUGGGAGUUCCAUCCACAAAAAAUAAAAGUUGGUUCACACAUAACUGGUGGUGAUUUAUAUGGUUGGGUACCAGAGAAUACGCUAGUAAAGCAUAAACUUAUUGUAAGUCCACGCGGUAAAGGUACUGUUCGGUACAUAGCACCACCAGGCAAUUAUACAGUUGAGGAUAUUGUUUUGGAGACUGAAUUUGAUGGUGAAAUUACAAAACAUAGCAUGUUACAAAUUUGGCCUGUACGUCACCCGCGCCCUGUUAACGAAAAAUUACCAGCAAAUCAUCCACUUCUAACUGGUCAACGUGUAUUGGAUUCAUUAUUUCCUAGUGUGCAGGGUGGUACAACAGCUAUACCAGGCGCCUUUGGUUGCGGUAAAACGGUAAUAUCUCAAGCUUUGUCAAAAUAUUCUAACUCUGAUGUUAUCAUUUAUGUUGGAUGCGGAGAGCGUGGCAACGAAAUGUCUGAAGUAUUGCGUGAUUUUCCUGAAUUAACUGUUGAAAUUGAUGGAGUCACUGAAUCUAUUAUGAAGCGCACAGCAUUAGUAGCCAAUACUUCAAAUAUGCCAGUAGCAGCACGUGAAGCAUCAAUUUACACUGGUAUAACGCUGUCUGAAUACUUUCGUGACAUGGGUUACCAUGUUGCUAUGAUGGCUGAUUCAACAUCACGUUGGGCUGAAGCGUUGCGAGAAAUUUCAGGUCGUUUAGCUGAAAUGCCAGCUGAUUCUGGCUACCCAGCCUAUUUGGGUGCACGUUUAGCUUCAUUUUACGAACGUGCUGGACGUGUCAAAUGUUUGGGAAAUCCGGAACGUGAAGGUUCAGUUUCCAUUGUGGGUGCUGUAUCACCACCUGGCGGUGAUUUUUCAGAUCCUGUCACCUCAGCCACUUUAGGAAUUGUGCAAGUGUUUUGGGGUUUGGAUAAAAAACUAGCACAACGUAAACACUUCCCUUCUAUUAAUUGGUUGAUAUCAUAUUCUAAAUAUACCAGAGCUUUGGAUGAAUUUUAUGAUACUAACUAUAUCGAAUUUGUGCCACUACGUACUAAAGUUAAAGAAAUCUUACAAGAAGAAGAGGACUUGUCUGAAAUCGUGCAAUUAGUAGGAAAAGCUUCACUGGCUGAAACUGACAAAAUAACGCUUGAAGUAGCGAAAUUGAUAAAAGACGAUUUUCUGCAACAGAACUCAUAUUCGGCUUAUGAUCGCUUCUGUCCAUUUUAUAAGACCGUUGGCAUGUUGAGAAAUAUGAUUGCUUUUUACGAUAUGGCACGCAAUUCUGUUGAAACUACGGCACAAUCGGACAACAAGGUAACAUGGAAUAUGAUUCGUGAAGCUAUGGGCAAUAUUUUAUACCAACUCUCAGCUAUGAAAUUCAAAGAUCCUGUCAGAGAAGGAGAGGAACGAAUUAAAGCCGAAUACGAUCAGCUUUAUGAAGAUAUGAUACAAGCUUUUCGAAACAUGGAAGAUUAAAGCUAUUAAACUACUGAAUGAAUAUCAUAAAAUUAUUUUUAAAAAUAUACCAAAAAUGUUAUAUAUAUAUAUGAAAUUAUUUAUAUAUAUGUUACCCCUAAAUAUAAAAACAAAAGUAGAAAAAAUUGCCAUACAACACAACAUCGACUUAAAAUAAAUUUUUAAAUUAAUCAAUCUCAUUUAAUAUGUAAAAAAUAA